UUUAGUACUGUGAGGGGGGAGUAGGGGAGUUAUGAUGGGAAGAUGAGAUCGGGUGGGACAGGAUUCAUAGAGUUGCAGAUGGAGCAAGAAUCCCACAAAUGCUGGCCGUAGGAUCAGAAUAUGGCGAAUUGCACUCUCUUGAGUACACGUGGCAUCCAUCUUUCUGUUUCAUCUCCUCUAUUCUAUAGAGUCUUUGCUUCCUUGCAUGGAAUUCUCCUCCAACUCCAGCACCCAAACAACAACACAUUCCACACAGAGAUAGAGAGAGGGAGAGAGAGAGAGCGAGCGAACAAAAGAGGGGAAGAAGAUCGUGGUUGCUUCUGUUUGCUUAUUUCCAUCUACUUAGCUCCUUCGUCAUGCCCAUCAUCAGCCACCCGUCUCUUCAGAGCUUUGAUUUUUCUCGUGGAAUUAGUCAAAAUUUGAGCAUUCCAGGCAGAGUGGGAUUAGCAAUGGAGUUCCAAGUCCUGAUUUGGCCACGAUCUUGAGCUUCCAGGAACUGUCAAAUCUGACCCACUUCGAUUAAUUCUCUUCUGAUCAAUCUCAAUUAGCCAAGGCCAAGGAGCUUCGUGAUCUGUGUUGGGUUACCAGAUUUGAGCUUCCCAAGUUUGAUUCUGUCACUUUCUGAUCUGGGCCCGUUUGGGGUUUCUUUGCUUAUUCACCAUUUGGAUCAACAAAUGUAGCUUCUUUAGCUGAUUUGAGCUCGCCCAUAAUCCACUGAUCUCGCUUUCUCUAUUGGGUUCCCAUCCUUUUCGGGUGAUCAGCCAAACAAAUCAAUGGAAGAAGAUCAAGAAUUAGGGUUUGCGUGCAGGUUUUGCAGCAAGAGGUUUCCAUGUGGAAAGUCCCUGGGGGGCCAUAUUAGGUCUCAUAUGACUGGAAAUUCAUCUGAAUCGGAUGAAAAACUUGAGCGUAAUGUGACAAAGGUUUCAUCUCAAAAUUGUGAAGAUUCAAAGUAUUCUGCGUAUUGCCUCAGAGGGAACCCUAAGAAAACAUGGAGGUUUGUGAAUUCAAAAGCAGCAGCUUCACAGAAAGAGCAGGUAUGCAAGCAAUGUGGCAAAGGAUUUCAGUCAGUGAAGGCUCUGUGUGGCCACAUGGCUUGCCACUCAGAGAAAGACAGGGUUUUGAAGGAUGACUAUGAUUGUUCAUGGACUACUGAGAAUCACAAGCUGGUGAUGGAUAGUCACUCUGACACAGAGGCUGAGGCUCCGAGGCGGCCGCAGCGGCCGAAGAGGGCUGCAGCAAGUAUGAGGUACAAGAGAGCUGUGGUUACUAAAUCUUCUUUGGCAAAUGGUUCUUCAUCUGUUUCUGAUAUUGAUCAUGAACAGGAAGAGGUAGCUAUGUGGUUAAUGAUGUUGUCUAGAGAUUCUGGGAAGUGGGUUGGUGUGAAUUCGGUUGCAGAGUCUUCAGAUAACAAUUCUGUGGUUUUAGAGACUAAAUCAUAUUCUAGUGAGAUGAGGAUUGGGAGAGACCGAUCAAGUUUCAAUUGUGUCUAUGAUGGUGUUGGGACUGUGGGAAAUAAGAAUUUAGUUAAAGGGAAGUUGAAAUCUAGUGGAUUGGAUGUUGAGACUGUUAAUUCUGAGAAUUCUGAUUCUAGGUAUUUCAUGGACGAACCUAAGAAGGUGGAUUCAGGUGUUUCUGUGGCUAUCUUUCCGAUAAAUGACAAGUUUAAGAAGAAGAAAGUGAAUUGUGGAUCCAGAUUUGAGGUGUCUGUCUCUGACAUGGAACAGCACUUCAGCAAUGUCAAAUGUAUGGGAGCUAGAUUGAAGAAACAUUUCUACAUGGAAAAACCACAUGGUGAAAGUGUAAUUGCUUCAAAUUCGACGAAGAAUAACCCAAGAAAGAGGACCGCGAACGGUUUCUAUGGUCCUGAUUUCAGAGGGAAAUCUUGCAAGAAGCUGUUGCAGGGCUAUUCCGAGGCUGCAGGGGGAAACGAAUGCGAAUCUGGUAGGGAAAAGAAGGAAACUGUUGAGGGCUUGUCUUCCAAUGGUGAGAGAAGAUCGAAGCAGGCAAGAAACAGAAAACACGAAUGCCCAAUUUGCCACAAGAUCUACAAAUCAGGCCAAGCUUUAGGUGGGCACAAAAGGUCUCAUUUUCUUGGAGGUUCUAAGGAGAAAUUCGAUCAAACCCCAGUAGUCAAGCAAGAACUUGUUUCUGAUCUACUCGAUCUUAAUCUUCCUGCUCCGGUAGACGACAACUCAAAUGGGAACUCCCAGUUCAAUCCAUGGUAGCUUAGCAGGAGCACUUAUCAAGCCUAGCUAAUCUCUGAAUCAUGACGUAUGGUUCUUGUGAUGAUCUGAUUCGAAAAGUUUUAGCUUCAAUUAUCUGUGUUUUUUUUCCCCUUUGAAGCAUUGAUAUGAUUUCGUGUUUGUUCAACUUAAGUGCACUUCCCCCAUUGUUUUUCCUGCUCAAUUUUGGCCAUUUUAGUCGUAAUCAAGAGAGCUUGGAAGUUGGAAAAUUUGAAAGCAACUUCAAGAAACAGUAACUCUUUAUGAUGAACUUUUAACUCUUUGCAUUAGCUUCUAAAUGAUGUCAAAUUUGACAAACUCGAAGCAAUUUCACUGCUGGCUUUCUGCUUUUCUGCCAAAGGAAAGUGGCCAUGGCUUUAGUGGGAGAAAUGGAAAGACUUGUGUGGAUAGUGGUAGAUGCUUUGCUCAAACUAUAUGCCAAAGCAUUUUUCUUUUUCAAUUUCUGUUUUUUUUUUUUUUUUUUUUUGUUGGUUUGUUUGUUUGAACAUACCCUUCUGUCUGUUUUAUAUUAGACAGUCUUGGGUUGGCCGCCAAGACUUCUUCUUCUUCCUUGAAGUUGCUUGCAGACUCAUAUUGUUGCAGAAAAGCCACCAAUUGGUUGUAAUGACAAGCUCUUUCUUUAUUGCA